UAAGUUACCUAUUAUUAUACGUAACAAUAUGUUUUAUAUAAUUUUACUGUUAUCGAUACUCUUAUUCUUAUCAUAUCUUAUAUUAACGAGAAACUUCAACUACUGGAAAAACAAAGGACUGCCUUUUGUAAGACCGUACCCUAUUGUUGGAAGCAUUAAAGAAGUAUAUUUAUUGAAGAAAAGUCCAUCCCAAAUAGCUGAUUAUUAUUAUAACAAAUACCGAAAUGAGAAAGUCGUUGGAGCCUAUCGAUCAUCUCAACCCAUACUCCUUGUCAAUGAUCCCAAAAUAUUGAAGAGGAUUUUCACCUCGGAUUUCAACUAUUUUUAUGCGCGAGGUAUGAAGAUACACAACGAAGAGCCAAUGCUGAGAAAUCUAUUCUUCGCGGAUGGUGACUUGUGGCGUUCACUUCGAAAACGUUUCACGCUUGCUUUUUCCGGAGCCAAACUGCGUGCAAUGUAUCCAUUAAUAGAACAAGUUGCUGUGCGUCUACAAAAGAGAGCAGUGGAAAUAUCUGCAGGGGAAAGUAUUUUUGAUGCAGACGAGUUAAUGGCUCGAUACACGACCGACGUCAUUGGCAACUGCGGGUUCGGCCUCAACGUGGACUCGUUAAAUGACGACAAUUGUCCUUUCAGGGCACUGAGUAACCGAAUAUUUAAAUACGGUAUUCGUGAAGGUAUUGUUAUGGUGCUAAAAGAUAAUUUGCCGCGAAUUUUCGGACACUUAAAAUAUCUUCCCGGCAUUGAAGAGGAGAUUACAAGCCUGGUGAAAGAAAUCCAGGCAAAACGUAAAUCCAAACCGUCUGGCAGGAAUGACUUUAUGGAUAUCAUGAUAGAGUGGAAAAAAGAAGGCGACCUGACUUUUCAAUCAAUGGAAAAGACUGAUUCUAACGGAGAAGCUGCAACAGUUACUAUAGAAAUAACGGACGAACUUAUGGCUGCUCAGGCGUUUAUAUUCUUGGCCGCUGGGUUCGAUACAUCAUCUUUCACUAUCAGUUGCACCUUGCAUUACCUUGCCCAUCAUCCAGAUUAUCAGAGAAAGGUUCAAUUGCAGAUAGACCAAGUGUUGAUGAAAUAUAACAAUCAAAUUUCUUUCGAAGCUAUAAAAGACAUGACCUUUUUAGAUAAUGCACUCAAAGAGACAUUACGAUUAUUGCCUCCCGCAGCAUUUUUGACGCGUGAGUGUGUUAAGCCAUACACGAUUCCAGAAUUAAAUGUGACUAUAGACAAGGGUGUGAUGAUCAUAAUCCCAGUGCAAGCAUUGCAAAGGGAUCCAAGGUACUUCGACAGGCCAGAUGAGUUCAUACCCGAUCGUUUCUUGUCAAAUGAUGUUAGUUCCCAGGAGGGGUAUACAUACAUACCGUUUGGAGCGGGACCUCGAACGUGUAUUGGUGAGCGUUUUGGCCAAAUUCAAUCGAUAGCUGGUUUGGCAGCAAUUCUGUCCAAAUGUUCAGUGGAACCAGCUCCCAAUUCACGAAGAGAGCCUCUAAUAAGUCCCAUACCAAAUAUCGUACAGAGUCUCGUAGGUGGGCUACCAUUGAGAUUUAAGGGAAGGACAACGUAAAUGAACGACAAUAUAAUUAAAAACUUCAUCUCAACAAGGGCGUUAUAUUAGGAUUCCUGUGAUAUUUUG